AUGCGGGACAUUGAAGAUGGAGGUGACGUGGAGUUCCUGUUGUGCCAAGAGGACUGCAUCGUGACUCAGAGACAGCAUCACCCCGCCAGAGUGUCUGACGCUGCUGACGUCAGCCUUCCGAUCCUGAACGUCGUUUCCUGCGACGGCUCCGCUGACAUUCCCUUCCCCUACUUCGAGCACGUGGACGGGCCCCCGCGCCGAUGGGCCGCCGCGUUCGAGGACGCGCGCGCCGCGCGCGCCGCGCACUCGCCCGCGCUGCGCAUCCGCAAGGCGGUCUUCCGGGGGGGCGGCGGCCGGGGCUGUUUCCUAGACGCAGACGACCGGGGGUGGGGUGGAGACAAGGUGGCGGUCAGCGAGGACACGUGGCAGCGCUGCGGCCGCGAGCGGCUGGUUUUUCUAGUGCGCGCGGGGUCGCGGCCGGAGCUGUAUGACGUCAUGCUGUCCGACACGGACCAGGUAGGGGGAUUUCGGGAGUGGGCCGCGGGGAUGGUGACACGUGGACGGCCGCGGUUGUCCCGGGCGGAGCAGGAGGCGUACCGGGCAGUGAUCCAUGUGGAGGGCAACUGUGGGUGGGCCAACCGGUUGAAGCACGAAUUGCACAUGGGGACGGUUUUGCUGAAACAGCGGACUCCGUGCUGGGAGUAUUAUGAGCUGGGACUGCGGCCGUGGGAGCAUUUCGUGCCCGUCGAUUACAACCUGAGCAAUCUGACGGCGGCGAUUGAGUGGGUUCUGGCGAACGGAGAGGAGGCGGACGCUAUGGUCAACCGGAUGCAUGCGUAUGCGGACGAAGUGUUGGGUCCGGAUCUGAACGGGAUGAAAGCGUAUACGACGGGGGUGCUACGCGGCCUCCAAGGAUUGGUGCGGUAUAAAGUGGAGAAACGGCCAGGAAUGGCGAAAUUCAGGGCGCAGGACCGACUCCUUGCUCUCUUAGCGUACGACAACGGAUCAGAGAAACAAGACAAGGGCCGGUUUGGUGGCACCGAAACGGUUGAGAAGGAUAGCGAUGACGAAGUGCGCGCAUCCGGCAACGAAUUCAAAGUGGAAGAAAGAGAUAGAAGCAGAGGGCGGAGCUCCAGUGGAGAAAGGACAGGCGCCGUGAAACGUCUGGAGAGCCUCGGGCUGACGACCCAUGACUCGGGCAAUGCGCGAGUGGCCGCGUACAAGAUUCUCUUGCGGCCCAGUUCUGAAGGAGCGCAGCCGCAAAAUUUAGCUGAUACGGAAGCCGCUAGUAAUGAAGCUCAGAGGGUCGUUAAUGGGGAGCCAUCAAGCUCUGCCGAUUCUGCAGAACAAGUUACUUCCGGCGCCUCUAGUUUGAGCGACCCCGGUCUUCUCGACGGGUUCGAAGCCGGGUUAGUGCUUGGGGCUAAGGAAGCCCUGUCUACCGAUCUUAUGGAUCUUAACCGCCUCAAUCAGUGCAACAUGCUGGUUGACAUGGAUAACUACGAUCUCCUCCUGGUAGGGGGGUGGAGCAACUUUGUGCGCGCGCGGACGGAGUGUGACCUGGCACAGAGGGUGUACCCUUGCGCGGUGGAGGACGUCAGCAAGAGUCUGGUCGAAGGGACGCUGACAAAUGACUGCUUCGAUGGGUACGUUGUGUCGGUUCGUGGAGCCAGGAAGUUUGUUGACCAUUUCGAGAAGGAGGAAGCGACUGGGGACACGUGGCAAACCGUCGACGCGUGGCAGGCCGUCGCCCAGCGGGUGCCUGUUGUUGCAAUUCAAGCGGCUUGGUGUUAG